AUGGCAGACGCGGAGCUUCCACUUACUACGAUGGCCUCGCGGGUUAAGGUGGAGGACAGUGGCAAAAGCAAGCUUCUUGUCAGCGAGAGCAUGGCUGCUCACCCGUCGACACGUGAACUUGACGUUCGCCGCCUGCAGAGAACUGUCAUUCCGAUUCCAGCCCGCACGCUGGCUGGCAUUGAUGAAGACGGAGACUCUACCGCGACAGAUAUGGCGAUCAUAAGCAAGAAUCUAGAACUGUAUUCUCUCCUGAUCGAAUACUCUCAGACAGCGCAGUACUCACCUGAAGGUGUUUACUGUAUGCCGACAUGGAACAAUCUGCGCGUCUGGGACGGCGUGAUUUUACUGAGGCAUGGCCUGUAUCAAGGCGGUGUGUUCAAGUUUAAAAUCAAGCUUACCCCUGCCUAUCCUGCUGAGCCUCCAUGUGUCAUGUUCGUAUCGCGGGUCUUCCACCCGCUGGUCGAUCCUCAAAACGGCACUAUCACCAUCAAGCCGCAGUUUCGCAAAUGGGACGGCGACAAAGACUACUUGCCGAUGCUUCUUAUGUACCUCAAAAGCAUUUUCUACAAACGCGAGUUUCUUCAAGGGACAGACGAAGAAGAAUCGUGGCUCAAUCCCGAAGCAGCUAAGGUGUUCCGCGGAGACAAGAAGGCAGCGUUGGAGAAGAUCAAACAGUGCGUUGAAGAAUCUCAGUCAAAACUGUACGCAAACGAGGAGGAUUUCGUGUUCAAUUUCAUUGAGUUUCACCGGGAGAAGAAGCCUAUCCUACAGGCUCUCAACGUUCUUUCCCACGACGUUACAUGCAUCGAUCCAAAAGAAGUUUUUAUUGACUGGUUUCUGGGAGAGUGGUCCAAGUCUGAGUUUGAGCCAGACGGACGCAGCGGUCGCGAGCAAACCGGCACCAAGGCGGCCCAAUGA